AUGAGAUUAUUUCUCGCGGUGUUGUUCUUGGUUUUUCUUCAACUGGUUUAUAGUUUGACACCACAACAACAAGCUGCUCGUGAUUUUGUAAUAUCAUUGUACAAACACUACAGUUUUCGAGACUCUGAUAUUAUUCAUCCAGAUUUUCAAAUUGUCAAAAAUAACGUUGUAACACAAACUUACGGUGAGCACGUAACAGUCAUCAUGCGAUGAUUCAGUCUUAUUAAUUUACAAAAAAUCCCGAUAUUUUUUUUAUUAAUUUCACGUUUUAGUCUUUUAGUCCGUUUCUCGCAUUUUCAGAAUAAUUCUAUUGAUAAAAUUCACUAAUCGUUUUAUAGAGCAAGCCGUAAAAAUAAUAGAAAAUAGAACUGACGAUGAAACGAAGAAAAUGACUGAUUUAUUCAAACAGCAUCUCGCUUAUUCAAAUGCAGAAUGGGAACAAGCACUCAACCAGUACAAUAUUAUAAAAUUCAACGAUGACGGACUUGAAAUUAAACAUUACAAAAACAACAAACUUGAUUUUGUAUUCUUUUUGAAAAAAGAUUCAAACAUCGAAGGAGGGUAUAAAUUUUUACGUUUGGAUGAAUACUGA